AUGCCCGCGCUCGCCUCCGCACUCGGACUGAUCCCGCUCGCGCGCGCGCGCGCGACGCCCCGCGCGCGCGCGCGCGUCGUCGCCCCGCGGGCCUCGGCUGGGGUGAAGCUCGCGCAAAAGGUGCAAAAGGCGGUCGUCGCCGCGCCGGCGAUCGUCGCCGCGCCGGCGUUCGCCGCGCAAGAGGCGAUCGAGCAAGUCGCGUUGGACAAUGUGAACAUUUUGGGCGUCGUCGCGACGGCGCUCUUCAUCAUCAUCCCGACGUCGUUCUUGAUCAUUCUGUACGUCAAGUCCGCGUCCGAGGGCAACGUGUCCGGGUACUCGCAAGAGUACUACGACAAGUCCAAGGCGGCGGGUAACAAGAAGACGAACCUGGCGGCUGCUUUGAAGGGCAAGGGUCUCGGCAUGCGCCCGGAGAAGUAA